AAUCGAACUGAACCGGUCACACCCAUAUUGAUGAUCAGGCCACAGCCACCAAACCGGAGCUAAGUAACAUACCUCAAAGGUUGUUGAAGAACGAUGCGCACCUUUUUGGGAAACUUGUCGUUUAGUACAAACCGUCACGUAACGAAGCAAACGUUGAAGUGAACUGAACUAACCCAUCAACCACCUCUCUCUGCCAUUGCAGUCAAAUCAACAUACAGGAAAAUGCGAUGAGAAAUCGUGCUGGUGUACCGGUAUCCGACUUUGAAUGCCAAGUGUGAGAACUCGAAUUGCGUGAUCGGUGGCGUAACAGGUAAGGCAGACUUCUUACGUAGGCUUCUGGAUGUGGUAUCCUGUGCUGAUCAGGUGAAAGCCGUAUUUAUCUGGACCUGUAAGUAGAUCCUCUCCAUCUGCCUUCUUCCUAAGUGAGGUUCAGUGUGGGAGGUAGUGCUUCAUGGAAGUUCCUGUGGUCACAGAGGAAGAGUAGGCAGCAGACAGGAUGAAGGAGGAGAACUUGUUUCAUCGGAGGAUGUCGCUGUCUCCCAACGCCACCUCUCCCUCCCCUCCUAAGAUCGACCACCGCUCUCUGACCCGCAACUUGUCUUACGGAGGAGAAAGCGAGCUCUUCCCGCUCAACCCAGGUAUGGAGUCAGAAGGGAAUGGUCUGUCCAUGAUGAGUGACGAGCUCAGCCCCGCCCAGUCGCCUAGCAGCAAGUCUGAGUCCAGGAUGUUCAAUAACGGUCUGGAGGACUGCUCCUCCCCCACAGAGAAGCUGGCCCGGAAGGAGUCUCUCAAGGUCCAGAAGAAGAAUUACAGACAGGAGAAGAAGCGGGCAGCCAAAGAACUGUCAAGCGCUCUGAAGGACCCCAGUGUUGUCAUCACGGCUAACUGGCUAAAGAUCCGUGGUUCGCUAAAGAGCUGGACCAAGCUGUGGUGUGCCCUGAAGCCGGGGGUCCUGCUGAUCUACAAGACCCCUAAAUCGGACCACUGGGUGGGCACCCUCCUGCUCAACGCGUGCAAGCUGAUUGAGAGGCCCUCCAAGAAGGACGGCUUCUGCUUCAAGCUCUACCACCCGUUGGACAAGUCCAUCUGGGCUGUCAAGGGUCCUAAAGGGGAAAAUGUUGGCUCCAUCACCCAGCCUCUACCCAGCAACUACCUGAUCUUCAGAGCUGCGUCAGAGUCUGACGGUCGGUGUUGGAUGGAUGCUCUGGAGCUGGCUCUGAGCUGCUCCAGCCUCUACAAGCUGACAGCUAAAGCAGGGAGAGAUGGAGACCUCAGCACCUCCUCGGAGUCCUCCCAUAUACUACAGCUACUGCAGUCGACUGCCCUCACUGAUGCUGAGCUACUACAGUUGGCCAACCAACAGAUGGAGAAUGACGGCUACUCUGAGAAAUCAGAGCACGAUGCCCAGGAGGAUUGGGACAACGGGGCCAAUGAGAACGGAGGUCGGCUGACGGAGGAGAGCGACAUGGACCAAUCGGACGAGCUGUCUCCGGGGCUGCAGGCCACAUCCUACGUCGAGCAGAGCCAGGAGGAGAUGGCCGAGGCUGGUGAGGCGUCCCAGGUGGAGACGGUGUCUGAGGAGAACAAGGGUCUGAUCUGGACCCUGCUAAAGCAGCUGCGGCCUGGCAUGGACCUGUCUAAAGUGGUCUUGCCCACCUUCAUCCUGGAGCCACGCUCUUUCCUGGACAAACUGUCAGACUACUACUACCACGCCAAUCUGCUGUCGGAGGCUGCGAGGGAGGAGAGUCCAUAUGGCAGAAUAAAGCAGGUCGUGCGCUGGUACCUGUCUGGCUUCUACAAGAAGCCCAAGGGUCUGAAGAAGCCCUAUAACCCCAUCCUAGGAGAGACGUUUCGCUGUUGCUGGCUCCACCCUCAGACAGACAGCUGCACCUUUUACAUCGCGGAGCAGAUCUCCCACCACCCACCGAUCUCUGCCUUCUACAUCUGCAACAAGAAGGACGGCUUCUAUAUCAGCGGCAGCAUCUUGGCCAAGUCCAAGUUUUACGGUAACUCUCUGUCUGCCAUACUGGAUGGCAGGGCCAGAUUGAUGCUGCUGGGCAGGGAUGAGGAGUACGUCAUCACCAUGCCUUACGCCCACUGUAAAGGUAUUCUGUAUGGCACCAUGACACUGGAGCUGGGAGGGAAGAUCACUAUUGAGUGUGAGAAAACCAAAUAUGUGGCAGAACUGGAGUUCAAGUUGAAGCCCUUCCUGGGAGGCUCCAGCAGUGUGAACGUGAUCUCGGGAAAGAUCCAGCAGGGAGACGAGCUGCUGGCCACUGUGGACGGACACUGGGAUGGUGAGGUGUUCCUACAGGAGAAGAAGUCAGGGCAGCAGGAGCACCUGUGGAACCCUACUCCAGAGGUCCGCAGCACCAGACUGAAGAGGCAGGUGGUACAGCUGGACCAGCAAGGGCAGUUUGAGUCGGAGAGGCUGUGGCAGCAUGUGACCAGGGCUAUAGUGGACCGUGACCAGAACCAGGCAACCCAGGAGAAGUUCGUACUGGAGGAGGCUCAGAGGAAUCAGGCCAAAGACCGUGGAGACCAACCUUGGCGCCCCAGACUCUUCAACCUGGACUCUGUCACCAACGAAUGGACAUACACACACAUAGACACACGGCCGUGGGACCCUGAGCGCUGUCUGGUGCAGUUUGAGAAGCACGGGGUGAUCCAGACCAAGGAGAAAUCACAGAGACGACAUAAAGGACUGGCGUACAGCCGCGCCUCAGCCUGGGCUAGCCAGCAGAAGGCCCAGGUGAAUGGGAAACACAGGAAAGGCAGCAGCCAGCCGUCUAGCUGCAGCCAGAACACUGAGAGCAGCAGCACUACACCAGAACCUACACACGAGUCCUCUGAUAAUGAAGGGUACCUGAGCCAGUGUGCACGGUGCAACAAGGAAGUGAAGGACAUCGCCCUCAUAGAGGCCUCCAUCGCAUCCGUACAGAAGACACAGCAAGACAUCCAGAGGAACCUGAUAGCGUUGGGUCGUCAACUGGGCCGUCGCCGGGAGACUGAGGACAAUGUGACAUUAACUGGACGCCACUGUUUCAUCCUGUGUGUCCUCCUGCUCUCCCAACUCUUCCUCAACUACAUUUUCACCUGAACUAGCCUGUGACAGGAGAAGUUACCCCUCCCCCCCAGGCACGGAUCUAGGAUCAGCUCAACACUCCCUAUUAACCCUGACCUUAACUAUUAGAUGGAGAAGAAGCAACAGUGACCUUUGAUCAGCGUCUAGGGGCAGCUUCGUCCUGUUCUCCUGAUUACGGGAGGGCCACACGUGCCAUAGCAAUAAACACAGCCACCCACAGCCACCACUCACCUGCCAACCAGAGCGGAGCAGAGCGCCCUCCAGUGUAGCCAGACAGCACGGCACCCAAGCACUUUGGACUGAGAAGACCACGACAGAAAGAGAAGAUCAGAAAAAGAAAGAGUGGACUGACUGAGGGGUUUUUCUAAAAGAUGAAUGAGAGAAUAGGGACUGAAUGAGCUUUUUUUUAUAGGAAUGAGAAGGUAUUAUGGUUUUACAGAAGAGGAUGUUCCACCUGUCUUUUAUUAAUGGAUGUGUACUUUUUAUACUCCCCCCUGCAAUACUAUUGUGUGUGUGUGUGUGUGUUGUGUGUACGUACAGUAGGCCCCAUGUGGCAUUGAUGGACUACGGCUUGGAGUCCUUAAUAGUCCGCCUUCACUACAGACUUUGGGCCUUAACGCUAAAGCCACAAAGAAGAGAAAACAAUGUGACGUCGACAAAACAAAGUGAACUCGAGAUAAGAAAAAGAAACUUCCAAUAAUGCAUUUGUCUUUCUGUGUAGAUCUAUAAUAUGUAAUUGUUUGGGCGUUCUGACCAAAUUCACGUAGACAUAUGUGCUAUAGAUCUGUCACUGAUUGAAAGCAAGUCUAUGAAGCCGUA